UGCUAAUCGAUCAAUAAAAAGGAAGAGCGGCUGUCAGCUUUACCUGUUGACUAUUCUCAUGUGUAACUUUGAAUAAAACAUCGAACGAUUCAUGUGUCAUAAAUUUUUUUAAUUUGAGAAAUAGUGGGAAGCUCUGAGAAGUAAAUACAAAUUUGUUAAUGAAUUUUUGGUGAUUUAUUUGUUUUAAAUGAGACACAUGACUCUGGGAAUUUUGUUGCGCAUUUUCUUGUGGGUGAAUGGCAUCGAGGGAUGAUUACGAAUAUCAUUUGUGUGCAGGUGGUGAAAAUAUGGAUCAAAUAGGAGAGCCAACACCAGGCCAACGCCUCGAGGGUUUCAAAUUCCUGUUCGCAGUGACUGAAGCAAUCGGUGGAGCUCUGAUUGUUCUCGUAUUCGUCUGGGUGGUCCACUUCAGAGGUGGAUUUGCCUGGUCCUCUGAUGUCUCCCUGCAAUUCAAUUGGCACCCCUUUUUGAUGACAGUCGGCCUUGUCUUUCUUUAUGCUAAUGGAAUGCUGAUCUACAGAAUCCAGAGGAAUGUUAGAAAACGUCGUCUGAAGCUCCUUCACGGUGGGAUGAUGGUGUUCACGUUGUUUCUCACAGUAAUUGCUCUUGUCGCUGUCUUUGACAUGCAUAACAACUCGAAACCCCCAAUUCCAAAUAUGUACACCCUGCACAGCUGGGUGGGCCUUACGAGUGUAAUUUUAUUCGGUUGCCAGUGGCUUGCUGGUCUAGUCUCCUUUCUGUACCCGGGAAUUCAAGCACCACUUCGUGCUGCCUAUUUACCGAUUCACACCUAUUUCGGAACAGCAGGAUUUAUCGGAGUUAUUGCUUCGUGUCUCCUAGGACUCAACGAGAAAGCGAUAUUUGCACUAACGCCACAGACUUACUCAAAAUUCACGUCCGAAGGUGUCUUCAUUAAUGUUAUCGGAUUACUUUUCGUCGUGUUCGCGGGUCUCGUCGUGUAUUUGGUGUCUCAGGACAGGUACAGGAGAUUGCCUCGCCCUGAGGAUGAAGUACUGCUCACAGGCCAAUCUCAAUGAAUCUCAAAUAGAAUUCAGUAAUGAAGUGAUAAAGAGUAACAAACGAAAUUCUCACCUAAUCGAGUAUUCGAGCAAUACUCUGGAUCUAAGAGGAAUACCGAGAUUUUCCUCAUGACCUCUUUUACAGAGUCGACUGAAAACUACAAAAAAGGUCAUUGUAGAAAUUUCGAUAUCUAGUUUAGAUUAGGAGAUAUUAUUUGAAAACGUAUGUGUCAUCAGAAUCGAUUUGUUAUCUUUACGAUUUCGUUGCGAAAUUAAAUUCCUUUUAAUUCAAUUGUAUUGAAUAAUUAAAAAUGUCAGUGGAACCCGGUGCUCGUAUUAAU